AAAAAAGGAAAAAAAGAAUCACUCUGUCCACAAUAAAAUUUAAUUUAAGAUGUCACCUCAUGCAGCAAGAAUCAUCUUUCCGUCCAACAUUUUUUUUUCAAAAUAAUCUCUUUUUUUUUUCUAAAAGAAAAAAUCUAUUUAUUAUGUUCAUUUUUUCCUAUAUAAAUGAAGCAAGUUUCUUAGGCCAUGCGUAUCACAAACAAGUCAUUCGUGCCCGCAAUGUGUAUUAGAAAGUAUCUUAAAAAAAACAUUCCGGUCCCAAAUAAGGCCCCCGCCCCCAGCAGCAGUGGAGCUGUGAGGCCGGUCCAGACCCCAACCCCCUCCUCCGUCUCUCCGGUACAUGACAAUAUUGGGGCUGUUCCCACCGGAAACAUCAACAAAGGUCCCGGUGCUGGAGCUCACAACACGGGUGCACAAUCCGCGAGUAUCAACAACAACAGAGGAGAGAUCAACUCCAAUAAGCGUGACGGAGAGACAGUCCCACCUAAGGGAAAUCUCAACAAAGGCCCUGGCGCCGGAGGCAUUAAUUCAGGCACCGAAUCAGCAAGUAUCAACGGCAACACCGGAACUAUCAAUUUCUAGUACUCCACAUCGAAUGAUCAAAUAAUUGCUGCUACUUUUAUAACAGUUUCACAAAUAAAUUGUCCUCGUUCUCCAAUAUACUAAUAAAACUAAAUUACAUAAAGCAAGCCCUGGUUU